AUGGCAGUCUGCUCAUUGGUAUCAGGCCGCGCCCGGGACGGCGCGUUGUACAGUAACAGGUGGCAUCGAGAAGAACUUCUCGAACCACCCUCCGAAGCAUUCUAUGCCGCAGCUAAAGACGCCCUACCGCGAGAUCUUGCAGCUGCAAAGGGGAUGAACUAUAUGCGAGCAUGUGCGAUUUUGGCAAUUGCCAGCAUUCAAAAUGGCCACAUAAAGAACAUGCAGAAAUACUCCGGCAUUUAUCACACACUGACCAGCAUGGAAGGGUUACAUGAUGAGAAGCUCUGGCCCAAGGACAUAAGCCCAAUUGAGACCGAAGAACGUCGAAGACUGGUACGCACACGAGCUUAA